GUAAAGCUCAAGAAUCGGCAAGGACUCUGUCGCGACUGCGCGUAUUAAGGGUUCUAAAAUGUGAGUAGUAAUAGUAGAGUAGUAGUAGUAGUAGAAGUAGUAGUAGUAGUAGUGGGGAUUGAAGAGGAGCUGGAAUGGUGGGGGUCGAUGUGAAGGCGCGAACGGAGGAGAGACGAGCAAACGCGGUAUUCGUUGCUCUCGGCAGAGCGCGAUCGCUCAGUCGGGAUGAAGGUCGCGCACCCUCUUCUUCUACGGCGCCGAUGAACAGUGAAGAACGUGCUAGGACAGCGGUUCGCGAUGAAUGGUGAACGUAGCGUGAAACGUGUUACGGGAAUGAAAGAUUCCUUCGGCCGUCUUCGUAUCCUUACGAUUACUUUCCUGAUAGUGGUGGUGAUUGGACGCGCAAGAACCGAUAAUUCUUCCUUAAAUUCCGGCAAUCAAAUUAUCACGCUUCUCUCGAGAUUGCCGAGUGUUCUGCGAAGCUCUAGUGUAGUGCCGAUAGCGAAGCCACGCUGCCAGAGGCCACUUUACGCUCACCGGAAGUCGAAGAGACACGUAGAAGAAGUACCGACCUUCAACAAUUCGAUCUCAAAUGUGACGGUUGCAGUGGGGCGAGAGGCUGUACUUACCUGUGUUGUCUCGAAUCUAUCUGGUUUCAAGGUCGCCUGGUUGAGAGUCGAUACACAGACUAUUCUGACGAUAGCUAAUCACGUGAUAACGAAAAAUGAUAGAAUUAAAAUAACGCACAGCGAGCACAAGAUGUGGUAUUUACAUAUACGAGAUGUCAACCCAAGCGACCAGGGAUAUUACAUGUGUCAAAUAAACACCGAACCUAUGAAAAGUCAAACUGGCUUUUUGGAAGUUGUAGUUCCUCCAGACAUUCUCGACAAUUCGACAAGUACAGACAUGGUCGUUAAAGAAGGCAGUAACGUGACAUUGCGCUGUGCAGCAAGAGGAUCACCACAACCGAACAUCACUUGGAAGCGUGAGGAUGGAGAACUUAUAUCUCUUGGAGAUGGCCAAGGAGUUAGUAGCAUCGAAGGAUCGAUCUUCAACAUCAUGAAAGUGAACCGGUUACAGAUGGGAGCGUACCUUUGUAUCGCUUCAAACAGCGUUCCACCUACCGUCAGCAAGAGAAUUAUGCUUAUAGUACACUUUCCUCCUAUGAUCUGGAUCCAGAAUCAAUUGGUGGGAGUGCAAGAGGGACAGCAAAUGACGUUGGAGUGUAAUUCGGAGGCUUUCCCGAAAUCGAUCAACUAUUGGACAAGAGGAAAUAAUCAAAUUAUACCAAAUGGGGAGAAGUACGAGCCGACCUUCUCGGACAAUACGUAUAAAGUGCACAUGAAGCUCACCAUACGUUCCGUUACCAUGUCAGACUACGGCAUUUACAAAUGCAUAUCGAAAAAUUCACUAGGUGAAACGGAUGGCAGUAUAUCGCUUUACCAUAUUCCAACCACCACGACGCAAGUCAAGACCACGACCACGACACCAAUGCCCACGAUAGAUAAAGUCGAAACUAUGCAAAGGACUCGACAAAAGAUGCUGCCGAGCUUAGAACCGAACUUAAAUGAAAUAACAGACGCGUCUUUGUCUACUAUAAUUAGAAACGAAAAUAUACGAACUGAUGGACGACAUAACAACAACGACUACAUUAAUGCUGAGAAUAAAAUCGACAAGAAUGUUCAACGAAAAAAUCCAUUGAACAAGGAUGUGAAUGCUCAUAAAUUUUAUAAUACGUCUCGAUCAAUAUCCUCGAGAGGAGAUAGGCUAUAUGCUUUUUUACAACACAGUAUAAUCAUCUACACAAUUCUAUUAUCUAUUCUUUCGUAGUCGGUCUUUAGAUAUUUUGUGUCCACAAAAUACGAAGACGUUUCGAUUAAUUGGACCUCGUCUUUACACACUGUCAUUCCUUUUCCAUUAGCAAACGGGAUCAAUUUAUCUUAAGUAUAGGUGCGAUCGUUGAUGUCAAUGCUUCCUUUCUACUUGCUUAUAAGAAAAAAAAAGAACCAUUCAUAAUAAGUAACCUUUCGUGAAAUUAGAGAUAAAAAUUCUGCGUGUCGUGGUUCACAAUUAUAUUUUUUUCAAAUGUACAAUAUAGUAAUUCUAUCGUCACUCUAUAAUUUUUAACAUUGAAAAUCUUAUUUGUUUAGAGACAAUAUAUUGCUUAUAUUUUGAAACAUUUUUUAAUUAUUUUUUAAUACUGGACUUGGUUCAACAUUGUUCCUAUUACGACGAAAACGUUAUUGUUAAUUAUAUAUUCAGAAGUAAUUUAUAAACAAUUAGAGGAAGAUAUUUGUAUAAAAAGUUAUAUGACAAUCCAGAAAAGUGAAAUUUUAGUAACAACGAAUCUAUUGCACAUGUCAUAUGUCAAUAUUUCAUUUUACAUUUUAAAUAGAGAAAGAUAAAAUUGUUGAGUCUCAUAACUAAUCUUGUCUGUAUUGAUGCUUAAUUUUGGUUAAUAUUUUGUUAGAUCGUAUUUUCAAUUAAUCUCGGCCUAAUCUUUCCUAAGAACAGAGAAACUUAUAUUCGGAAUGAGAUAGUCACGAUAUUAAAGCCUAAUCAGUCUAUAAUUGCGAUAUUUCAUUAUAAUUGUGAUGCAAUUAUAAGAAAUACACACGAAGAAUAAUAAGUGAACGUGAAGUUAGAGAUAAAAAUUCUAUAUGUCGUGUUUCACGAUUAUACUUUUUUAAAUGUAUGGUAUAGUAAUUUCUAUCAUAAUGUUAUAAUUGUUAAUGUCAAAAUGUCAUGUCACGUUUUCUUUCAAUUACAUCACAUAGUGAGAAUUAUGAGGAUGAACUUUGGAAAUAAUGAAAAAAAGUAAGAAUUCGGAACGAAUUCAAUAUUCUUUCUAAUUAUCAGCAGCUUCUAUCUUGCCAUGCGACGGACGGAUAAACUUGUAUGUACAUGUAAAUCUUGUUGGAAAUAGUGUACUUUUAAAGAUGUACACAUACAUAUCUCAUUUAUUUGAGAUAAUCGAUCUGUCGAAUAUGUCUGCGGGAGAAAGUAUGGAGAACUUGUAUAUUUGAAAAUGAUUGUAAUGAUUUGAAUACCGCUGUAAAUAACGAUUACGUGUGUGUGUAUAUAUAUAUAUGUAUAUAUAUAUAUAUGU